GAUGGUCCUUGUAGUUUACGAGCUGGUCAGCGGCUGUCUGUUUGUUCAGGGCGGACCCUCUUUGCAGCGGGGAGCAGGGAUUUUGUUUUAAACAUUUUCCGCCCAUUAGCUUUAUUAAAAAUGGAAACAUGAAGAACUGAGAGGUGUUCAUUGAUUGUAAGCAACAUCAUCCCGUAGGUCGGCAGCUUUAGGGCGAGGAUGAGGGAUCUUCAUGCCAUUGACAGUCUGCUCUUGAAGGAGCUGAAGAAAUGUUGUGCAAAGGAGCACACAUUUCUUCCCAGAGAGGCUGGCCUGAAGCUGAUGGAAUCGGCCUCCACAGAGAAUCACAGUGGCGUGUCUGCAAAAUGCAGAGACACUAGAGUGGAAGAACUUUGGGGCCUGACCAGUUUCUUUGGCUACAGCACCCAAACCUUUGUUGAGGCGGUCAGUUUGCUGGACCGAUUCCUCACCAUCAUGAAGGUGCAGCCCAAACACUUGCCCUGCAUCGGAGUCUGUUGUCUUCACAUUGCAGCUAAAAUGGUUGAGGAGGAAAGCAAUGUCACACCCACCCAUGAACUCAUUCGCAUCAGCCAAAGCAAGUUCACUGUGUCAGACCUGUGUCGCAUGGAGAAGAUCAUCUCAGAGAAGCUGAGCGUGGAGCCUGAACCAGUGACCGCCUUGACCUUCCUUCGCCUCUACUACUCAGCCUUCACAUCCCAGUCUGCUGGAAGGGAGGAGAUCCCAAGCAUUGGGAGACUGGAAGCCCAGCUAAAAGCCUGCUUAUGCCGGCUUGUUUUCUCUAAAGCAAAACCAUCAGUGCUGGCACUGUCUGUCAUUGCUCAGGAGUUUGAAGCCCUCCAGUCCAUCGCCUUGUUGAAGAUUGUCCAACAACUCCAAAGACUCCUAAAGAUAAGUGACAGCGAGCUGCUCCACUGGAAGGAACUUGUGGCCAAGUGCAUGACUAAAUACUGCUCAAAUGAAUGUAACAAACCAGACAAUAAAAAGCUGGUUUGGAUCGUGUCCAGGAGAACCGCACAGAAUCUUCAAGCCAAUCACUUUAGUGUGCCUGGCCUGCCAACCAUUCCUGAGGGGAGCUGGGAUGAGAUUGAGAGUGAGGACUCCUGUGAGGACAUGAGUUGCGGAGAGGACAGCCCAUGGGGAUCGCCAGGAAGUGACGGCGGAGGAUCCUUCUUCCCCUCUUCCUUUUUGAGCUGCAGAAAGUGAUGAGUCUUCGUUGUGCAGUAGCUUACAGAUGUGUGUUUUCUCCUGAAUUGUUAAUGGUUUAAGGUGGUCAACAUGUUUCAAAGCAAGCCUGUGUGUUUCACUUUUUGUACCGUGUGCAGCAUAGGUACGCCUGUUGGGAGGUUCGGAUCAUGAAGUGCCUGUGUUGAUUCAGUUUACUGUCUGUUACUUUACAAAAACAUAUCCUGGUAAUGCAAAUCUGAAAAUUGCAAUAUCUUGGCAGCUUGACGGCAAUGCAUCUGAAUGUCUUUUUCCAAAAUGUUCUCUUUAUGUUUGUGUCCUAGCUCGGCACAUUCCAGGAAAAACAGUGAAGCACAAGCAAGAACUAGUGGAUGUCAGUCAUGAGGUACACUCACUGUUAAAUUCAGCUAACAUAUUAGCACAACUCCAUCUUUUUUUAAUACUCGUUUUUAUACUCGAAGCCAUUCGUAACUACAGUAGUCUGCAAAUGUAUGUAAUACAUAAUUCUAAUGUGACAUUGUAGUGUUACAUACCAGACUGUAUAUGCAUGGAAACAUUGAAACGUGACAAUGAAUGGAUGUUUGUGUAUACCAAGAUAAGCUUACUGUAGAAAAGAAUGAAAAAAUGUACAUAACUUGUAAAAAAGAAGAAAAAAAUCUAUGUUUUUGUGAAAGCAA